UGCCAUGCCAAAGGGUGCCAUGGACUCUUCGUCGUCAGAGAGGUGCCUGCCUGCGUCGUCGUCUUCGUUUUGGUCUUGCCUGUUCGUCUUCCUUCCGGUCUUGCCGUUCCCGUCCCUCCGUCAGAGGCAGAGGCAGCCAGGCUCAGGCAGACACAAGCAGCCAGCCAACCAGUUCGUCGCUGCUGUGCCGUGCCUGCGUACCGCCGCCGCUGCUGCAAUCUUCCCCGUCCAUCCUUUCCCUCCCUUCCACUCUCUCUCUCUCUCUCUCUCUCUCUGGCUCGCGUUGGAAUCGGAAUCGGAAUCGGAACGGAGCGGCUGUCGUGUGUCGUCUGCCCCUUCGUCCCCUCUUCGACACCCCACCCCACCCCACCCCAGUGCUAGCUAGCUAGUAGCUCCCCUCCCCUCGCCUGUGGGCUGCAAGGGAGGGCGUGGUUUGCUGGAUUCGCGGAUCGAUAGCAGAGAUCAAUCAAUCCAUGGCGCGGACCAACUGGGAGGCCGAUAAGAUGCUCGACGUCUACAUCUAUGACUACCUGGUGAAGCGCAACCUGCAGGCCACCGCCAAGGCCUUCAUCGCCGAGGGCAAGGUCGCCACCGACCCCGUCGCCAUCGACGCCCCCGGCGGCUUCCUCUUCGAGUGGUGGUCCAUCUUCUGGGACAUCUUCCAUUCAUCCACCGCCAAAGCCUCCUCCACAUCCAACGCUUCUGCUGCUGCUGCCGCCGCCGCCACCGCCGCCUUCAUCGAUCACACCGCCAAGCAACAACAGCCCGCUGGGGCCGGGGCCCCUCCUCCUCACCCCCUUCACGAUAUCAACAACAACAAGUCCAGAGAGCACCAGAUGAGGCUCCAGUUGCUGCACCAGCACAACCCCCAUCUCCAAACUACAAGAGAUGCUCCUCCUUCCGCCUCUAUCAAUGCCCUCAGCUCUGAUGUCUCCGCUGUCCUCGCUUCCAAAAUGAUGCAAGACCGAAUCAGGAACCCCAACCCUAUCGACUCCGACGCCUCACAGCAUCUACUAGACGCAAACAGGAUUGCCCUUCUAAAGUCACCACCACCUAGCCACACUGGGCCUAUGCCUAUGCAACAGCAGCAGCAGCUUCAUCAUCCAAGAAACCAGCAACUUGACAUCAAGCCCGAUGUUGCUAUGCCACAAAGAACGAUGCCUGCGGACCCUUCUUCCUUGUAUGCAGCAGGGAUGAUGCACCCAAAACCUGCAUUACUUGCUGCUGGACUAAAUCAAGGUGUUGUUGGGAGUGUGCCACUUAAAGGCUGGCCUCUAACGGUCCCAGGUAUCGACCAACUCCGGUCCAAUUUAGGUGGGCAGAAACAAUUGGUGCCAUCUUCGAACCAGUUCCAACUUUUAUCGCCACAACAACAGUUAGUUGCUCAGGCACAAACACAGAAUGACCUUACCAGAAUGGGUUCUCCAGCACCAUCUGCUUCACCGAAUGUUCGAUCAGAUGAUCCGGAUUAUUUGAUGAAGUUGAAGAUGGCCCAGAUGCAGCAGUCCUCAGGCCACAGGCCUAUGGAAUUGCAACAGCCGCAUCAGCAGAACACUAGAAAGCGGAAGCCAACUUCUUCUGGAGCAGCUAAUAGUACUGGCACGGGAAAUACUGUUGGGCCUUCUCCUCCAUCAACACCAUCCACUCAUACCCCUGGUGGUGGAGUACCAGUGGCUAGCAAUGUUAAUAUUUUACAGAAGAGUUCAAUGAUUUGUGGCAUGGAUGCAACUGGUGGAGUUGCCUCAUCCUCAAACCAGAUGGAUGCUUUGGAUAGUUUUGUUGAUUUUGAUGAAAAUGUCGACUCAUUUUUGUCGAAUGAUGAUGGAGACGGAAGAGACAUGUUUGCAGCACUUGAAAAAGGGUCUUCAGAGCACAAUACAGAGUCCUUAAAGGGUCUCUCUUUGAGUGAAAUUGGUAACAACCGUACAAGUAACAACAAGGUUGUUUGCUGUCACUUCUCUUCAGAUGGAAAGUUACUAGCUAGUGCCGGCCACGAGAAGAAGGUCUUCCUCUGGAAUAUGGAUAAUUUUAAGAUGGAUACCAAAAUAGAAGACCAUACAAACUUUAUCACAGACAUAAGAUUCAGAACAAAUUCAACUCAGUUGGCUACAUCAUCUUCUGAUGGAACUGUUCGACUUUGGAAUGCUGCUGAUGAAAGUGGCGCUUUACAAACUUUUCAUGGGCAUAGGUCGCAUGUAACAUCAGUAGAUUUUCACCCAAGAUUGACAGAGGUUCUUUGCUCUUACGAUGACAACGGAGAAAUUAUCUUCUGGACAGUUGGUCAGACUACAUCUACUCAUGUUUUGCGGGUGAAGCAGGGUGGCACUGGAAGAGUCAGGUUUCAACCUCGAAGUGGGCAGCUCCUCGCUGUGGCAGCUGGAAGCAUGGUGAACAUUUUUGAUGUUGAAAAGCAAGCCAGCUUACCCUGUCCGCCAAAGGGUCACAAUAGUGAGGUAAACUGUGUGUGCUGGGAUGAAAAUGGUGAAUAUCUGGCAUCUGUAAGUCAGGACACUGUGAAAGUGUGGUCAGUAUCGUCGGGCGUGUGCAUGCAUGAGUUAAGAUCCAAUGGAAACCAAUAUCAGUCAUGCACAUUCCAUCCUAGAUGCCCGAAAGUGUUGAUUGUUGGCGGUUAUCAGACGCUGGAGCUGUGGAGCUUAUCAGAUAACCAGAGAAUCCCAAUCCAGGCGCACGAAGGGCUGAUAGCUGCACUGGCACACUCCCCGUUCACUGGAAUGAUUGCCUCUGCCAGUCAUGACAGAUGUGUAAAGCUCUGGAAGUAGGUAUAGAGCUGAUGGAAUAGUCCUAGUCCUGCUAAAAUACACACACACACACACACACACACAUAUAUAUAUAUAUAUAUAUAUAUAUAUAUAUAUAUAUAUAUAUAUAUAUAUAUAUAUAUAGCCUCUGUUUCAUUCCUUGGUUAGACGGAGUCGUAAGAUGGGUACACUUUUUGAUGGUGGUCGUAACCACCUUAUAUAUAACUUGCUAUGCUAGUGCUAGAGUAGGUUUCGUUGUACGUGAAUGAUCGUUGAGCUGAUUGGGCUCAAAUGAGCGCUGUAUCUGUAUGUAUGUAGACUAGAAGGGAAGAAAUAUGAGGCAUGCAUGGAUGAAUGAAUGGAGUGAGUUAGUCACUA